AUGAGACAACAACUGUCGAAGCGUGUUUUGUCGGUUCCGUUUUUCACCGCUCGCCCACGAGGUGGGGCCCAGAAUCCCACUCCGGAGAACAUGAACUGGAACACCUACCAGUCCGCUGUUUGGGCUCGCGAAGACACCGACAUUAAGCUCGAUGGUUCUACCCUUGCUGAUAACUUCCGCUUGCCACGAUUUAACCGUCUCGGAAAAAAGCCUGGUGACGCUGUGCACUAUCACGAGCCGCAACUCGACGGGUGGCAACACAAGGUCGACUUGAAUUACAACGUUGGAUGGUCUCGACUGCGAAUCCCGGGACCUGUGGACCCAGUUAACUGGCGACCGGUGACUUCCGAAGAAGAGGAUCUCUUCCAUAAGCGUCGCGAGCACGCUGCCAAGACCCGAAGGAAGUUUUGGAACUGGCGAUACAACCCAAAGACGGAGGGUUACUUCUCCGAGGCAUGGUCUGAUCGACGAGUUACUCAGCAAGAUUGGUCGAACUCUCAAUGGUUCAGAAUGACUUCUAACCAAUACUGGAACUCUACUUAUUGGCUGCUGGCCAACACGUGCCGAUUCAUUAUGAUCAUGUGGGCUAUCUACGAGUACAACCGAUGGCACCAGCAUAACUCCAAGUACGGACGACCUUACGCUCCUGCUACCGAUGGAGCCAACUGGGAAAUCGAGGUUAUUGAUAUGGACCGUGGCAACUACACUCCCAUCGGUUCUUUUGCUCAAGGACAGUACACUCCAUUCACUCCUGAAUCAAGCUAG